AGUUAUUUAUUAAAUGACGGCUGUCAUGGGGUCCACUGCCACUGAGCUUGAGGAAUAUGGCAGCACCUCUUUAAAGUAUCUGAUAGGAGAACAGACUGAAAAAAUGUGGCAACGGCUGAAAGGAAUACUAAGAUGCCUGGUAAAGCAGCUGGAGAAAGGUGACGUAAACGUAGUGGACUUAAAGAAGAAUAUUGAAUAUGCGGCAUCCGUGUUGGAAGCAGUUUAUAUCGAUGAGACGAGGAAACUCUUGGACACCGAAGAUGAGCUUUCCGAUAUCCAGUCCGAUUCAGUCCCGCUGGAAGUCCGCGACUGGCUGGCCUCAACAUUCACAAGGAAAAUGGGAAUGGCGAAAAAGAAAACUGAGGAGAAGCCAAAAUUCCGAAGCAUCGUGCAUGCGGUGCAGGCGGGGAUUUUUGUGGAAAGGAUGUACAGAAGGACUUCCAACAUGGCCGGCUUGGCCUACCCAGCAGCUGUGAUAGUCACGUUGAAGGACGUUGACAAAUGGUCUUUCAACGUGUUCGCCCUAAAUGAUGCAAGCGGGGAACACAGCCUGAAAUUCAUGAUGUAUGAACUCUUCACCAGAUAUGACCUUAUUAGCCGUUUCAAGAUUCCUGUCUCCUGCCUAAUUUCAUUUGCAGAAGCUCUGGAAGUUGGCUACAGCAAGUUCAAAAAUCCAUACCACAACCUGAUCCACGCGGCGGAUGUCACCCAGACUGUGCAUUACAUCUUGCUUCACACAGGUCUCAUGCACUGGCUCUCCGAACUGGAAAUUUUAGCCAUGGUCUUUGCAGCUGCUAUCCAUGAUUAUGAGCACACAGGAACUACGAACAACUUUCAUAUCCAGACCCGGUCAGACGUUGCAAUCCUGUACAAUGACCGUUCUGUUCUCGAGAAUCACCACGUAAGCGCGGCCUAUCGGCUCAUGCAGGAAGAGGAUAUGAAUAUCCUGACGAACCUAUCGAAGGAUGAUUGGCGGGAGCUCCGGGGUCUGGUCGUGGAAAUGGUCUUAUCUACGGAUAUGUCUGGCCAUUUCCAUCAGAUAAAAACCAUGAGAAACACCUUGCAACAACCAGAGGGGGUAGACAAAGGCAAAGCCAUGUCUUUGAUUCUCCAUGCUGCGGAUAUAAGCCAUCCUGCGAAAUCCUGGGAUCUGCAUCACAAAUGGACAAUGGCCUUGAUGGAGGAAUUCUUUUUACAGGGAGAUAAGGAGGCUGAAUUAGGACUCCCAUUUUCUCCUCUUUGCGAUCGCAAGUCUACAAUGGUGGCUCAAUCCCAAAUAGGUUUCAUUGACUUCAUAGUGGAGCCAACGUUUUCUCUUCUGACCGACUCAACCGAGAGAAUCGUCGUUCCUCUCAUAGAGGAAUCCUGCAGGUCGGAAAGCAGUUUGGGAUCCCACAGCGAUGGAGGAUUAACUGCCACCGACACCCAGAAAAAACCAAGUGGAAAACUCACUUCCAACGAAGGCCCAUCUUCUUCCAACUAUUCCCUUGCGUCUGUGGACCUGAAGAGCUUUAAGAACAACUUGGUGGAUAUCAUUCAGCAGAAUAAAGAGCGAUGGAAAGAGCUGGCCCUGCAAGAACGUGUUCUGAGAUCUGACCGGAAACUGAAAAAAAAACACAGACCGGCCCCCGGUGCAAAGUUAGAGGACAAGGGAUCCAGUUCAGACAGUGAAUCGGAGCUCUGCAAGAACUCAGAAGAUCAGGUAAAACCUACUGAAGAGAAACACGCUGUGGUUCGCCAAUAGGGCUGAUGCAUCUUAAAGGCUUCAAAUCUUUUAGGAAGGAGAGGGAAAGCAAAACUGAAUUCAUUUCUCAACUCUCAAUGAAGCUCAACUGCCAUCUUCAACCUUUCCCUGGCCCACGUCAUUUCACAGACCGACAUGAGAGAAAAUAAAGAUGAAAAAACGCAAAUUCCUGAGCUGGUAACUCAGGCCGCUUAACUAUUCUUCUCCAAGUUGCAGUUGUGCUUGAUCGUUGCUCUCGUCGUGUUAUCGCUGUUAGAGUUUUAAGUUCUCCUUUCAAGCCAGAGUAACUUCUAAACUAAAGGUCGGGCAGCUGACUUUUACUUGAUUAAACCGUACCAUAGCCUGGUAGAUGGUGAAAUAGAUAUACGAAGAGCAGAGGACCUUAUCAACUUAUCGACUUGCCCAGUUUUGUACCUGUUGCUGGCGCUCACAAGCUCUUCUAAACCUGAAGGAAAACUCAAAUGAAGUUUUCAGACGCACACACACCCAAAAGAUUUCAGCCGCCAUGGAGUUACUGGCUUUUUUCUGGGCGGUGGGUGCCUUGUUGCGAUGGAGCUGCAAAUGGAAGGAAACCUGAUGUGUGUAUGUCAGAAGAGCUGUGUAACCUCCAGAGGAAUCUUUCUCUAAACCAAAAGGCAUCGCCCAGUGAUAAUUAUGGUGAUUCUCACCUAAAAGCUCUAAUUAAACUUGCAGCUGUCUGGGGCACUGAGCCCGGUCUUGCAGAGCACGCUGGACAGAUAGGAUUCCCGGGCCCUUCUAGUUUGUCUGGAAGACCAAAGCGUGCAGUACACAUUGGUUACCGACUGCGGUUCUACCCUUGGAGGAAUCACGCCAGGCGGAACUGAGGAGAAUAUCCAUCAUCGGCCGUCAGAGGAACUAGAGCACCAAAGGAACAGAUAUUCGGAUCAAAUGCCUUGGAUCGAAUGACUUGAAAUCCCCCCCUUUCUCUAGACUGACCCGACUGCAAUCUAUCAUGUGCUCUGACCAGACUCCGCCUACUCAUUGGGCCCUAACUUCAUCUUUCCAAGCUGCCCAAAACUUUAUCCGGCAAGCCCGACGCGAUCGCGAUGUCUCUGGUAGCUGGCAAAGCAUUAGCUGGCCUAUACCAGGAAGGAGUCGUUUUCCUAAGGGGGAAGGGCUUGGUGGAACUCGCGUGUACAGGAACCAUCUCGCUAUUCAUCAUUAAGGAGAAGCCAGCUCUUCUUCAAUUCUCUCUCUUGUCUCCGCUUCCUCGCUCCACUAUUCGGUGAGAAGCAAUAUCGCUGAAAUGGUUACAGCCAUAAGUUUUCCUCUUCCCGAUCAAGGAAUUUGCUAUGUGUGGGAUCCCCUUGAAGAUGUAAGCCAUAUUCAGUCUGCGUAUUUAGUGUGCCUAGUUGUAAUUUACGAAUUAUCUGUGCAUAAGAGGUGUAUAAAGUGCAUUUAAAUGCUUUGUGAAUAUGGCCCAGGGCUUUUUAUUUGCCAAGGGUCUCCUGAAAAGUGCAGUUGAUAAUUAAAUUGUAUUACAUGCAUUA